CAAGCGCAGUCAGCUGCUGGCACGCGUCCCCGCUGACGCGCAGCGGAGCGCACACGGCGAAACUUUUUCAAACAGUCUGCCUGUUGUCCGGCUGCUGCGCGCACUCUGCUCCUUUUACGCACUUCUCUCCAGGAUGUUUCUCUCUGUCGGACGCAGCCUUUGCCUCGGUUGAACCCGCCAUGUAGCCUGCGCGCUCUCGGCGGCGCAUUUGGGGAUAUUCGUUGAACCGGGAGCUGCGGAGCGGAGCGGCUGGCUGGUGUCGGUGCGGUCUGGUGUGCGGGAUCCGGGGAACGGCGGGGCGGACGGGCCACCAUGCUCCGGCCGUGGGCUGUGCAGUGGAUCACAGCUGUGCUCGUGUGUCGGGCGGUGGCGCAGUACUCCAGCGACCAGUGCAGCUGGAGAGGAAGCGGUUUGAGCCAUGAGUCUCAUCGUAGAGACGUGGAGCAGGUCUACCUUCGCUGCUCUCAGGGGUCUCUGGAGUGGCUCUACCCCACCGGUGCCAUCAUCGUCAACCUGAGACCCAACAUAGAGCCUUCAUCAGGGCACAUGUCAGGUCUCCAUGUGUGCAUCAAGCCCCAUCCUUAUUCCCAGGGUUCUCAUGUGUACCUGGAGCAUGCAGGGGAUCUGAGGCUGCUGCUCGCAGACGAGGACCAGGCUGCAGUUCACUGUUUCAGCCUGGCAGAAGGAGCUCUCUUUGUGGAGGCCAUCCCACAGACAGACAUCAGCAGGAGGAUCACGGCUUUCCAGUAUGAGCUGGUUUCCAGUCAGGGGCCGGGGGCACACAUGUAUCCGUCCCUGCACCACGGUUCAGUCGCCUGCAAACCCUGCUCAGAUGAAGAGGUCCUCAUGGCUGUGUGUACCAGUGACUUUGCUGGCAGUGGUGUCUUUCGAAGCGUGGCGUCGGGCACUAACGAACACUCUCCAGUUGUGGUUACUCUGAGCCGACUGUUCCGUCAGAAAAGCGGUGUGUUUGCUUGGGGUGGAGCCAGAGGACGAAGCUGGAGUGGACGCGUCAACGUUCCCAAACAGUGCGGCGUACAUCCAGGGGGGGACGAAUACCUUUUGACUGGCUCUGUCCACUUCAGCGAAGCCUGGCUUGGCUGUGCACCUCGCUACAAAGACUUCCUGGAGCUUUACAUCAGUGCACAGAAAGCGGGAACAAACCCCUGUCAAAUAGACGUAAACUGAGAGAUCUCCUCAUGGCUCUGGGUAAAACAAGGAGCGAUAAGGGAUAAGCAGGCGUAUAAACCCCUGGUCUUAAUUAAAGGCAACUUCUUCAGACUCUCUUUAGUGCUGUGCAGCUUAUUUUUGAUUUGCAGCAGAAAGGACAGUUGGACACUGAACAACAUGAGGUGCUGCCUAAACUGAAAUGUCUCCAUUUGACUGUACUUGUAUAUUUCAUGUGUGCAACAGUGACAGUGAACGAAUGAUGGAUGAGUUCAAUUUGUGCCUAACUGGUUAACAUUUUUUUUGUUUUGUUUUGAUUUUCACAUUGAUGAUACAGCUCAUUCUUGAAAUGAACGUUUGCUUUGUAAAAAGCUUUCUGUAAAAUUUAGGAGUCUUCUGACAGAAGUGUAUAGUAUGCAGCUCUGUGAGUCUUUAUAUACUAAGUUUGUGUGUUUGUUUUGCUAUUGAGUUCAAAAGGGUCUUUACAUAUUUACAGAAAAUUAAAAGGCAUCUGUGUUUCUGAUGACAAAA